CCGCGGGAGGCGAAGCGCAGCCGCCCUGCCGGCCUCCAGCGCCCGGGCCAGGUUCAAACUCACCACAGCCGCAGCCAGGCCGAAACCCAGGAAGCUGGGUCAGCAGCCAGCCAGGUGCCUGGUGUGGGGAGAGUGCGCCCAGAGGAGCCCAGUGGACACUGAGACAGCCAUGGGGCUGCUGCCUGGAGAGGCCCUGUGGACCCUGGCUGUGGCCGUGGCCAUCUUCCUGCUCCUGGUGGACCUGAUGCACCGGCGUGUGCGCUGGGCUGCACGCUACCCGCCAGGCCCCAUGCCACUGCCUGGGGUGGGCAACAUGCUGCAGCUGGACCUCCAGGACAUGCUGCUCAGUAUUAACCAGCUGCGGCGCCGCUUUGGGGACGUGUUCAGCCUGCAGCUGGCCUGGAAGCCGGUGGUCGUGGUCAAUGGGCUGGAGGCCGUGCGCGAGGCGCUGGUGGGCCGCGGCGAGGACACGUCCGACCGUCCACCUACGCCGAUCUACGAGCACCUGGGGUUCGGGCCGCUCUCCGAAGGAGUGAUCCUUGCGCGCUAUGGGCACGCGUGGCGCGAGCAGCGGCGUUUCUCCGUGUCCACCCUACGCAACUUCGGCCUGGGCAAGAAGUCGCUGGAGCAGUGGGUGACCGAGGAGGCCACCUGCCUCUGUGCCGCCUUUGCUGACCAGGACGGACGCCCCUUUAGCCCCAGAGAUCUCCUGAAUAAAGCGGUGAGCAACGUGAUCACCUCCCUUGUCUUUGGACGCCGCUUCGAGUACACCGACCCGCUCUUUCUGAAGCUGUUGGCCAUACUGGAGGAAGGACUGAAGGAGGAGUCGGCAACCCUGCGCCAGGUGGUAGACGCGUUCCCAGUGCUCCUACGCAUCCCGGGGCUCCCUGGCAAGCUCUUCGCGGGGCAGAAGGCCUUCAUGGACAUUGUGGAUGAGCUGAUCACGGAGCACAGGAUGACCCGGGACCCCACCCAGCCACCCCGAGACCUGACUGACACCUUCCUGGACAAGGUGAAGGCCAACGAGAACACCAAGAGCAGCUUCAGUGAUGAGAACUUGCGCAUCGUGGUGGCGGACCUCUUCAUUGCCGGGAUGGUGACCACCUCGACCACACUGACCUGGGCCCUCCUGCUCAUGAUCCUGUACCCGGAAGUGCAGUGCCGUGUCCAAGAGGAGAUCAAUGCGGUAAUAGGACAAGUGCGGCCACCAGAGAUGGGAGACCAGGCCCGAAUGCCCUUCACCAUGGCCGUGGUCCAUGAAGUGCAGCGCUUUGGGGACAUCAUCCCACUGGGCUUGCCCCACAUGACAUCCCGUGACACUGAAGUGCAGGGUUUCCUCAUCCCUAAGGGGACGACGAUUAUCACCAACCUGUCAUCAGUGCUAAAAGACGAGACUGUCUGGAAGGAGCCCUUGCGCUUCCGGCCCGAGCACUUCCUGGAUGCCCAGGGCGGCUUUGUCAAGCCUGAGGCUUUCAUGCCCUUCUCAGCAGGCCGCCGCUCAUGCCUCGGGGAGCCCCUGGCCCGCAUGGAGCUCUUCCUCUUCUUCACCUGCCUCCUGCAGCGCUUCAGCUUCUCCGUCCCUGCUGGGCAGCCCCGCCCUAGCAGCCACGGCGCCUACUCUUUCCUGGUGACCCCGGCCCCUUACGAGCUCUGUGCUGUGCCCCACUAGAGGGGGAUUCCAAGCCCCCGGCCUGCUCCUCAGCCAGGAGCCCUGAUGUACAA